AUGGUGACGCCAAGGCCGCUUCAGCCGGCAGUGCUGCGGAAGCGAAUCCUUUGGCUUCCCGAUUCCGAUGACGACGUGGAGAUCCUCUGCGUCAAGGGGCCGCGAAUCGAGAUAGACCUGGUGACGCCUCCACGCAGUGCUGCUGUGCAUGCCACGCCUCCACCAGCUGCGCUGGAAGCGUCUGAGCAGCAGAUGGCCAGGGAUCCCGAACAACAUGUACCGUACGUCACGCUCCGCAAAGAUUCAUGCCAGGUGAAGGCCGAGAAGCCGGAAGAGGUGGAGCUUCGUGGGGUGAAGCGGGAAGUUGACAGCCCGCCGUGCACGCCACCCCGCAAAGUGCCUGCAGCUGCGAGCUUGGCCAUGUUCCCCUUCAGGACGCCGCCCCGCCUGCGACGCGGCUUUCAGGUUUGCGGCUACCUCCAGGCCCGCACAUGCGAUCUCCAGAUGCGCGAGCGCUUGCGGUCGCUGCUGUGUCAGGGCUGGCCGAGUCCCAGCCCCAGCGAGGCCGCAACGCGCGAGUCCAUCGCCGAGCUUCUGGGCCUUUGCCCAUCCACCGGCAAGCCUGGCAAGCCGGGCGCAGCCACCUACCUGGCCUGGGCACUAGCAGCAGCCCCAAAUCUGCAGACGAGCUGCCCCUGUCGAGCUCGAGCUGUCUGUGCUUGGGAUGCGCAGACCAUGCCUUCCAUAGCCGACGGCCGAGGAGCGGCCCGGGCCCGGGGGAAGCUCGUGGGAGCGGCGGUCCUCAGUUUCGUCGGUGCAGUGCAAUACGUAGCUGUUGCUGCCUUCGUAUCCUUCGUUGACGCCAGACGUUGCGUAGCCGUUUCACUUUGCAGAUGCCGCCAGAGCGCCAUGGCAGACGAAGACCGUCCGGCCACAGCUGAAGAGGCCCUGCUAGUGGUCGUGAUCUUCGACCACUCAGACUGCGGAACGUCGCAGGAGACUGCGGAAUGGCACUUCAAAGCCCCGGCUCUGGAGGCUGAACUGGCGAAGCUUCGUGCCCAGCGUGAGGCACUGCGCCAGGAGGAGAUUGCAGCCCUCCGCCGGCGCGACGAAACCGUGGCGGAGGGGAACCGGCGUGAGCAGGAGCUGCUCGACGGGGCCGCCGCGGCCGAGGGCGCUCGGGUCGCCGAGUUCGCCGCGCUCCGGGAGCGGAUGGGCGAGGUGAAGGACCAGGUGGAGGACACCUUGGCGGAAGCCGAAGAGAAGGAGCUCGCCCUAGCAGAGGAAUGUCGGGGUCUCCGUGCCGAGCGCAUCGAAACGGAGAAGGGGCUUCGCGAGGAAGCCGCGAAGCUCCGGGCGGUGACGCGGCGCACGGAGGAGCUCGAGGACGCCGAGCGAGAGGAGCUUCGGCGCAUGGCUGCGGCGCACGCAGCUGUUCGCGAGGCAGCUCGGAAGAGGAGCAAGGAGCUGCAGGAGCAGACGGAGAAGAAAGCCAGGGAGAUGAGGAAUGACCUGGUGGUGGAGCUGGAAAAAGUCCAUGCCGAACUCAAGAAGGCGAAGGAGGGCAUCUACGAAGGUGUCCAAGCCGAGGUCGUCCGGCGGCAGCAGGUGGUGCUGACGGUAGACGACGAGAUCAAGAGCAUCGAUAGAGUGGUGAACGAGAAUCUGGAGGAGGCCAAAGACCGCGCUCGCCACUUGGAGGACCGCACGCAUCGGCUUAUCCUGGAGACCCAGGCAAGAGACUUCGCAUUGGAAACGAAGCUGUGUGACCACGUUGCCCGAGCAGUCGCUGCCCUGGAAGUGGCCUCAACGGUCAAGGCGGGCGCUGCCGUGGAGCACAAGGAUGCAGAGCGGCGGCGGCGUGGAACUGCGAAGGCUCUCGGAGACGUGUUUCCCAGAAGUACCAACUUCAACCUCGUGGGCAUGCACACGGCAAAGCCGACCUCCAAGCGCAGUAGCCAGACGUUACCAUACUUGGAGAGCUUUCGAACAGGUAUCGUGGCCGUAGGCGCUGUGGAUGCUUAG